GCGAGAACCUGGACACUGGAAACGACACGAUCCACUGAAGAUUUGGGGGCAAACACUGAAAUUACUCACAAGGAGAAGUCGGUUUCCUUUUCCAUGAGCAGGUUUUUGUCUCGAUUACUUUGUGUAUUUCUCUCGUGGGUUAAUGAAAACGCAGUAGCCAAGUUGCGCUUCUAGUUUCUCGCCAUUCAGUGGAGAGAUUAUUGAUAACUUCAUGGCUUUGAUAGCGACCGAACAGGGCUGCAAACUGAACGGGCCGUCUGCAGUUUAUGGUAGGAUUGAGGCGAGAAAAGACGUAUUUCACCGCAAAGCGGACAGUUUCAAACCUGUCAAAAUGCAACCCAAAGACGCUGAGUAUUCAACAGAUGGCCUGCCCAAGGCGUUCCUGCACAGCCUCCGGACCCUGUUUGACAUUUUGGACGACAGUGGACGGGGCUACGUCCACAUCUCGGAGAUAGAGAGCCGCUGGCAGGGAGCGGACACCCGGGACCUCCCCAGCGGGGUGUUGGGCUGCCUGAGGCGGGUCGCCCCGCCGCAUGGCUGCCUGACCUUUGAGCGGUUUGUGGCGGGGCUCCGGUACUCCAUGCUCAACCCGGAGAACAGCCAUCACUUCAAGGCCCAGGCUGCCGUGCACCCGCAGCAGGCUCAGCCGCAUCCGAAGCAGCACCUCCCGCCGCAGAAGCCGGCCCCGCUCUCCGCGUGCGGCGCCGGGACCCGCAUGGAAAACAAAGUCCGCCCGCUCGGUCCGAGCAACGUGACCAACACCAGCCAGCACCGGGCAUCCUCCCUACAGAGCCGGGCCAGGCCCGAGGAGGGGGGCGGGUAUCCCGCAUGUGGGCCGUCACGUUACAAUGCGGGUUUCGAGAGGCCCGGGCGCAGUUUGGACCGGGUCCCCGUCCCCCCGGAGAGCGGCUGUUACCGGACCGACCCGGUCCACGCCGCCAAACCAGCCCUGCCCCAGCAGAGUCGGGUGAGGUCCAUUGAGUCUCUUGCGCUGGAGUCACCGCAGCUGCAAAGACCAAGUGCUGUGGAGUCGGGUCUGCCAAGAUCUCAGAGUGAAUCGGCGACAGGGUUCACUGGCUGCUCCAGGCGGCACGGGCGGAGUCGGGAAGAGCAGAGGCGGCACACCAUAUCCAAUGGAGUAGAUUACGGAAUGUUGAAGCAAAUGAAGGAGCUUGAGCAGGAGAAGGACUCCCUGCUGACGGGCCUGGAGGUGGUGGAGCGGGCCCGGGAGUGGUACCAGGGCCAAAUCCACAACGUCACAGAGAGACAGCGGCAGGUCGGCCAGAGCACCCACUGCACGGACUUCUUCACAGAAGCCACUCAGAGUCGCAUGAAUGUUCUGCUUCCCAAACUGCAGGAAGUCAACCGCUGCCUUAAUGACCUCAUUUCCUGCACAGGGAUGCAGUCUUUCCCUUCCUCUGGUGCCCAGACGACGGCUCUCUCCACCAGCUCCCAGCCUCUGGCUCCGGCUCCUCCACAAGCUGUCCAGAGACUGAAGGACCAGAACCGUCUGCUCACACAGGAGGUGACGGAGAAGAGUGAGCGGAUCACACAGCUCGAACAGGAGAAAUCGGCCUUGAUCAAACAGCUGUUUGAGGCUCGUGCACGCAGCACACAAGAUACCAGCACCAUGGACUCCACCUUCAUCUGAAUACAGCUACACUAGACACGGCACGGCCAUGUCUCUACUCUCAAGUGGCCGUUAUUCAGCCACAGUACAACCAUCACAAACAAAAUGUGACGCAAACAUCACAUUGUGAUUUGAUGCUGAUGUAACUGCGUCUCCAGUCUCAUCUGGAGCAAACGUUUACAAGACUGAAGCAGUUGUAUAUGGCACGGGACUGUUUACUCAACUGACCACUUGCGGCAGUGAAGCAACUUUAGUCACUACAUCGUGAGACCCUGGACUGCAAUAUGUAACCACUCCUCCCCGAAUCAAAACAUGCACUGCCUAGAAGUGAACACUCCAAGGAAAACUCAACCUGAGAGUCCAUCUGCCCUGGGAUCCUCAGUCCUGUUACCUGUUGCCUCCCCUCUUCCUUACCGAAACUACCUACACUCCCACCAAGCUGAAAGCCUGGAUUGCUAGCAAGAAGCAGAGCGAAAUCACGGAGAUCCCGUCACUUGAUUACUUGCAAGAUAAUGGCAUCUGCUAGAUCUCAUGAAUGAAACCAGACCUGACCACUCCACUUUUUUUUUUUUAAACCUCUGUCCUUGCACUCUGUAAACAACAGAAAAUGAACAUUGACCUUAAAUAAGCAUCUCCUGAUGCUCAAGUAUAUUAGCUCAAAGCUGUUCUACAAAGACAUUGGGUGGAGUGAUUUCCAUUGGGUUAUAUGCCACAUUCAUAUUGUUGAAUGGGAAAAUAAAUGACCAGCUGUACCUGCUUACUGUGACCUAUCAAAUUAUAUUUUAUUAAAAUCUUUAAAAAAAAAAAUACUCUAACAACUGUAACAAAUACACCAUUUCCAACUUACCCAGACUGAGACAACAUGUUCGAUACCACUUUCUCUGUACGUCUAGUAGUUUAGUUCCUAUGGGUAGCAUUUUGUGUUAGCUUAGCAUAAAGACUUGAAGUCUAUAGGAGUCAUUAGCCUAGCUCUGUUAAAGUGAAAAAAAGAACCUUACAGCACCUUCAAAGCUGUCUUAGUUAGGCAAUGUAUUGUGUAUUUUCAGUUUCACCAUCUAACUUCUCCUAAAAUGACUAAUUUUUUAAAAAUCCAAGAUGUGUAUUUCAAAUACACAUAGACUUCAAGU